GCUGGCGUUGAAGCUGCACUUCCGCCUGACAAUUGCAGCGGCUCCUUCCAAGAGGCUUCUGCGGGAGCUGAUGCGCGCGUAGGAAACGCACGUAGCUGGCUUUUGCCCGCAUGUCUUUGUCUUUGCCGAGCUCGGCAGUGCAGUUCCGCAGGAUCCUCGCUCAGUUCCCGCAAGAGCUCAGCUUCGCCUUUGCUUAUGGCUCUGGGGUCUUCCAGCAAGCGGGGGCCUCCGCCGGGGAGAGCGCGAACAAUAUGCUGGACUUUGUGUUUGCUUUGGAUGAUUCAGUAUCAUGGCACAAGAUAAACCUGUCGAAGAAUCGCAGUCAUUAUUCUUUUUUAAAAUAUUUUGGAGCCAAGCGAAUCAGUAACAUCCAAAAUUACGGAGCAGGGAUUUACUACAAUACAUUAGUUCCUUGUAAUGGGAGGGUUAUAAAAUAUGGCGUUAUUAGUACUGAUGCGCUGAUUGAAGAUUUACUUCGCUGGAAGACUCUUUAUGUAGCUGGACGUCUACAAAAGCCGGUGAAGAUCCUUGCCCAGAAUGAGAACAGCAAGCUCCAGGCUGCUCUUUCCAGCAACUUGAAGAGUGCCGUCACCGCAGCUUUUCUCAUGCUGCCUGAAAGUUUCUCUGAAGAGGAUCUUUACAUUCAGAUUGCUGGACUUUCUUACGCUGGUGAUUUCAGAAUGAUGAUUGGGGAAGACAAGUCAAAGGUUAUGAACAUAGUGAAGCCAAAUAUGUUGCAUUUUCAGAAGCUUUACAGCAACAUAUUGCAAGAUUGCCCACAAGUGGUAUACAAACACCAACAGGGCAAAUUAGAGAUCGAUAAGAGCCCCGAAGGUCAGUUUGCACAAUUAAUGGCUCUGCCAAGGACCCUGCAGCAACAAAUAACUUCUCACUUGGAUCCUCCAGGGAAGAACAGGGAUGUUGAAGAAAUUUUAUUGCAAGUUGCUCAUGACCCUGACUGUGGAUUGAUAGUACACCAGGGCAUUUCAGGAAUUGUGAGAUCCUCCAGUCUAAUUCAGAGUGCUAAAACCACCCUAACAGCUGGGUUAAAAAAAUCUGUGAUCUACAGCAUGAAGAAGAUGUAUAAAAUGUCAAAAGGAUGGUUAACAAAGUCAUGAUAUCUGCAUUUGGAUUUUCUGGGAAAUCAACCUGAUCUCUUAUUGCUCAAUGUACAAAUUCUACCUGUUACAUAAUUAUUGCCUUGAAAAACUAAAUAUUCAGAAACGCAUGUCCGCUACAUAUAUGCAGACAGUUUUAAACAGACGACAAAACACAUAUUUUCAUUUUUAUUGUUUUGAAGAUUAUGUGGGUUUUUUUAUAUUCCUGUUCUUUUUCUACAGAAAACCCUUGGUGAGUUUGUAUUUUUAAUGCCUUCAAAAUGUUUUCCUUUACAGAUCUUAAUGUCUUAUUUUGUCAUAUUUGCAUCUUGUACUUCAGCAAAUUUUGCAUAGGUUUUCUGUACUGGAUUGCAUGUUUUUUUUUCUGUUCGCAUGCUUGCUGAUAUAUAGAGUUACAUGCUAAGUAACUUUGAAAGAAAUUGGUCAUUCAUUUUUACAGCAUAGUUGACAGCAGCAUAAUUCAAAAACAAAUACAUAUUUUUCCAACUUACAGCAGUUCACAAUGGAAAUAAUAAUAAAUAAUAAAGAUAAUAAAUAAUAAAGAUAAUAAAAUGGAAAAUAUAAUCCUUAUAUACAAUUCCCUAGGGGAUGGAAUGUCCCACGACAAACACCCAGUCAAUGGGUGUGCAGGACUCAAGACAUUCCAUCCCGUCUCCGCCCACCUUCCCCCAACACAGGAGCCUCCCCUGCCUCAAAUAAUAUGGACUGCUCUCCUGGAGCGGAGGGAGAUCCCCUUCCUCCCCCCCCCUUCUUGAGUCCAUUUUAUUUUAAUUUAAAAUGAGUUUUAGGGCUAGUAAAUAAUAAAGGACUUAGAGGUAUCUGAAAGAGAAAGAAACAGUCUCAGAUAAAAUACUAGUUAAAAUAACUGUCUUGCUCUAAGGCUCAAUGGAUAUUAGGCCUGCAAAUUUAACUCUCUCCCUUCCUUCUUAUUUUGUCAGAACCAAGUACACAUCAGCCCUGACAGCAUUACUCCAGGGUUACUCUAAGGCUCAGUUGUUCAUGAUACUGUUUAUAGUUUGGGUCCUGGCCUAUAAAUAAUUAAAAAAAAAGGCUUCAGUUCCUCCUCAAAAGCUCACUAGUUCAUGGGGGGGCGGGGCAGGAUAGGCUAUGGAGAAUAGAGUACAGUGGAGUGUUAUUGAAGGUGCAGUAUACAUCUGUAAACACUUAUGUUGAAUACAUGAAAACAAUCAUGCAUAACCAGUAUGUUAAAUGUACAAAAAAUUACUUGUGUUUGAUUCACUACUUUUCCUUGAUUUAGGGGUAUGUGUAAUGUGAGUAGAAGGAAUGUGAUACUGCCCACUCAAUAAUUCUGAACUCCGUAAUGACCAGACAUGUAAAGUUUUUUUAUAAUGUAUUUAUCUAAUGUCAUGCAUCUAGUAUAUCUGCUUUGUUUUUAGAUAAUAUAUUUUAAUAUAACAUUUACUGAAUAUUAGGUGAAAAAAUCAGGUAAUGAAUAGUCUCUGAGCACUAGUGUUGGGUUUUUUUAAAAACUUGCCAAGUAAUCAUAAAUUAAAUACAGUCUUGAAUACAAAA